UGUCAAUUUUGGAAAUGGCUGGCCAAUUGCAAUAAAAAGUGAUCUUGUUUUUUAUUAAUUGUUACAUAUUGUGAAAUGUAAAACUUAUUGUUGUAGAUAUAUUUGUCCCUUAACUUUAAAUACGUGUAGUUUUUAUAAAUAAACUAAAAUGUCACCUCGAAAACAGCCCAAUAGUUUGUUUAAAUUAUGCGUUAAGACUUGUAUUAGUUUAAUUAAUUCAGCUUGUUAUGUUAUUGAAAAGAGUUUUCCUGAAAAUAAAUUUGGGGAUUGCGAACGGGAGGCGUAUGCUUUAAAAUGCCAUUUAAUGUCUAUGCUACCAGCCAGGUUGUUCGAUGUUCUCUGUUUAGAAAGAACCUGUUGCCAGUACCGAGGCGACCCUCGAAUACAGCUUCAUGUCUUGACACAUCCCAAAAUGACAGUCUUCCGCAAAUGCGACCUUGACAAUGGUAUACCUCAACAUUUUUGGAUACAAAACCUCCCAAAUUUCACUCGCUUAGUUGUUUUAGACCUUAAAUUUGUCUGUACCGAUGAAAUCCUUCAAAUUGUUGGUUCAAAUUGUUUACUACUCGAAGAGAUUAAUAUUGUUUCGAAAGUUGAUAUUGGCAAAUCGCUUAUCAACGCUUCCGUUUUGAUUAGGAAUGUUUCAGACGCAGGUCUAUAUUCAAUAGUGAAUUUGAAACAGUUACGCAUACUAGCUAUGGACCCGCCUCGCAACGAGCGUGCCAAUAGAUUAGGGCGAUGUGUUUCACAAGCUGGUAUCAUAAUGUUAAUCAGUGAACUCCCUUAUUUAGAAGAAUUGAGGAUCGAAUCCUGCGAUAUUGGUGCCACUUUAAUCACAACAUGUGUAGAUAUCGGUCCUUUGAGUUUGAAAAAAAUAAAUUGCCACUUCGCUUCAGGGGAAGGUAUUAAAAAAUUAAUUAAAAUCUGUCCAUAUUUAAAGGAAUUAUCAGUUACUCAUCUAUCCGCUCAUAAUAAAGAUGCCAUUUUAGAACAACUUGCUUUAAGUGAUUUGAGAUUAACACGUUUAGAUCUAUCAUUCUUUUUUUAUUCUGAUUCGAUGCAACGGCUUUUAGCUGUCAAAGGCAGUUAUUUAACCCAUUUCUCUUUAUGGGAGAUCGAACAUUCUCUGACAUUAGAAGCGAUAGUUUCCAUCGGUGAACAUUGUCCUAACCUAAUCACCCUUUGUCUUAUGACCCAGUCUAAAUGUUUAGUCACACCCAGAUACUUUAGAAAACCCGACAAAAUCUUCAGACAUCUUAGAAAUUUGACAAUAGGUAAUGAUAAUUACAGCAUCCAUAGUAUAUUGACAUUUUUCCUUGACUGCACGGACAAUUUACAGAAAUUAGUUUUAAAAUAUCAAACAAAGAUGAAUAUUGAUGACACAUUGUUACAGUUGAUAGAAAAAGGUAAAUUAAAAAAAUUAAACUGUCUAUGGUUGGAUUGUACUUUGGAAGUAUCGAAGCAGGUUGUUAAACAAAUGAUACAACAUUGUGAACACUUACAAAUGUUCACAGUAGAUUUCACCGAAGACAUAAGCGAUGUACAGAAAUACAUAUGUGAAAACAAUUUGGAUAUUAAGCUUGGGGGUUACUAGCCCCUUUUAGUGUAUUUUAUGUGUUUCGCUUACAGAUAAAUAUAAGGUUAUUUUACAGAAA